UUCAUUUUUGUUGCAGUUCGAGAACCGCUCCAAUCGCUAGAGGCACUCUAAAGUUUGCUCGCUUGCUAGUUUUAUAUAAGGCCCAAGCAUGUCUCAUACAAUUCUCCUAGUUCAACCAACAAAAAGGCCAGAAGGAAGAACAUAUGCUGAUUAUGAGUCUGUAAAUGAAUGCAUGGAGGGGGUGUGUAAAAUGUAUGAGGAGCAUCUGAAAAGAAUGAAUCCCAACAGUCCCUCUAUCACUUAUGACAUCAGCCAGCUAUUUGAUUUUGUGGAUGACCUGGCUGACCUCAGCUGUCUGGUGUACCGGGCUGACACACAGACCUACCAGCCCUACAACAAAGACUGGAUCAAAGAGAAGAUCUAUGUUCUGUUGCGACGCCAGGCCCAGCAGGCUGGGAAAUAGAGGAUGAAUGGAAGAAUCUUGUGGGCUGCGGUGAUUCUUCUGUCAUUUGUUAACUUGAUCAGAUCGACACUGCAUCAUUGGGCAAUAUUAACCCAUAAUGGGUUUCCCAAAAGCAUCGUAGGGUUAAGAUCUUUUUAACUGUAGCAGAGAGUGUUCAAGUUUAACUUUCUCUGCCAUGUUGUGUUGAUCUUUACUAUGAAGCUGUUGAGAAACCAGGCCCCCAGUAUAUUUAGGUCACAUGAUGAUUCCACUCAUUUGUGUACUCAGCCAUCCAAAAUGGAUUUAACAUCAGGAUACUUUCUAAGGCCCCUCAUUGGGGAUUUGCAGUGAGACUUAAUUAGGUUAAUCUACUGAGCAGGUGGGUAAGCUUAGAAGAAUGUUUGGGCCCCAUCCCUUUGGGCCCAUCUCAUAAUUUAAAUUUGUAUACCUUCAUUUUCUGUGAUUCUCCAGUAGCUUACACUGGAAAGAGGUUCUGCUAAGCUGUCAGUAUAAUAUCUUAAACUCAUUUUUUGAGCAUUUAAGUAAACAAAAGUGAGUUUUACUUCCUCGUUUGCACCAAGAGUGAAUACUCAGGAAACUACCACAAAGCAGUAAGAGUGGUACACAAAAUUUCCCCCAGGUUCUGAUUGCAAUAGAAUGCAGCACACAGGCAACUAUGAAUACUCUCAGCAAAAUAUUUAAUUACUUAAGACCUCCUUGACUACCUUUGCCUCCAUUAAAUCAGAUAAGCAUGUAUCAUUGGGUAGUAUUUUGUGGUUUCUUUCAGAUUUGUCAUAUUGCUGAAAUGUUUCUAUUUGUGUGAAAAGGAAGCAUCUGUUUGAAAGAUUAAUUUCGGAUGUGGUAUUAAGACUUGAUCAUUUUGCAUUUUUAAGUGGUGGAGAAACUUUCUUUUACAUUUCUUUUACAAUACAAUAUGUUGGCUAAUGCCUGUGUUUAAGCGGUUCUGUGAAUUUUUUAGUACAAUAAAAUGGUUAACUAAAAUGUA